CUAGCUCUGCCGGCGUCGGAGCAUGGAGCCGGGCUGGCCCCCUUCCCCACCGGGCCCGGCGGAGUCGGCGCGCGGGGACGCUCUACCUGAUGCGCGGCCCGCGGAGCCCGAGGACUGCGCGCCCUGUCGCCGCGGCCUGCCCCCUGGGGCCUCGCACACAGACGGCGAGCGGCUGCUGGCGAGCCAUGGGCUGCCCUCGGACCCGAGCCAGGCCCCGCCGCUGUCCGGAGAUCCCGCGGCCGGCACGGAGGACGGUGCGCGCCUCCGCGCUGUGUUCGAUGCCCUGGACGGAGACGGGGAUGGCUUCGUCCGCAUAGAAGACUUCGUCCAGUUCGCCACGGUCUACGGGGCGGAGCAGAUAGGGAAGGAAAUGAGCCGUGUGUCCCAUGACACUUGCCGACUGUAGCAGAACUCCCAUCAAGGCCUCCUCCACUCC